AUGGCGGCUGCAUGUGAGGGAAGGAGGGCUCUGUCAUGUGAAGGGAGGGCGGGAGCAGCACCACGGGAGGAGAUCUCUCAGCCUAUGGCCGGGCAGAGUGCUGCUGCUCUGGCACGAGGUGCACUGGGGGGGCGACGGAGGGCCCAGGACAGGGGGGCACUGCCAUUGUCACCAUCAUGGUCAUUAUUAGAACCAGCUUCGCCAGUGUCGUCCUCAUUAAAAGCACCAGCGGCAGACGCAGAAGCAGCAGCAACAGCAGCAGCAGCAGCAGCAACAGCAGCAGAAGCAGCAGCAGCAACAGCAGCAGCAGCAGCAGCAGCAGCAACAGCAGCAGAAACAGCAACAACAGCAGAAGCGUCAGCACGUGUGGCACACGUGAUGUCGCCACCACCAGCAGCAGCAUCACAUUGGUUCCGGCCUGCCUUUGUGCUCUUUGGUGACUCGCUCACUCAGAGGUCCUUUGCUGGAGGCGGGUGGGGGGCAGCGCUGCAGAACCUCUAUGCCCGCAAGGUGAACCCUCUGCUACAAGGGGCGCUCGAACACAAUCGCAAUGAACAAAGUGCAGUGCUUCUGCAUUCAUUUCCAUUUCCCUGCUUGCAGGUGUACGGGUCACGGGGGUGUGACGGGGUUACAGCCAUUGACGGGGUACACGCAACAAUGCAAGUUGCCACACAUAGUGACUUCAAACACAAUGCUCUGCCUUCACGUCACUCGGUGCUGUUGCUGUCCUGUUGCUGUCCUGUUGCUGUGCUGUUGCUGUCCUGUUACUGUGCUUUUGCUGUGCUGUUGCUGUGCUGUUGCUGUGCUGUUUGCAGGCGGGCGUGGUGCUAUUGGGAUACAGCUGUAGAGGGUGGACGUGGUGUUACGGGGCUAAGUGGGUACAACACACGCUGGGCACUCUUUCUCCUGCCCAAGCUCUUUCCCAAGGGUGACACCUCGAUUCCGCCUCCCGCCCUGGUGACUGUUUUCUUUGGCGCCAACGACGCCGCUCUGCCAGGGAGAACGAGCGGCAAGCAGCACGUGCCGAUACCCGAGUUUAAGGAGAACCUGCGAGUCAUAGUCACUCACCUGCAGUCAGAGCAGCAGAGGCACGCUCAGCACGUGCUGAUUUUAGAGUUCAAGGAGAACCUGCGAGUCACCGUCACUCACCUGCAGUCGCUGGGUCCCAACGUGCGUGCGCGCUGCUCAUCACUCUUCCCUCUUUGCGUUGUGCUCUCCUCACCAUCCCCCUCUUUCCUCCUCUCCCCCCUUCUUACCCCUCCACCCUACCGCCAGUCGCUGGGUCCCAACGUGCGGGUGGUGCUCAUCACUCCCCCCCCUGUGGACGAGCCUGGUCGCAUGGAGUUCGCCAAAGCGACUUACGGUGAGCAGUGUAUGAAGGAGCCGGAGCGGACGAAUGAGGUGACGGGGAAGUAUGCAGCAGCGGUGAAGGAGGUGGCAGAGGCGUGUGGGGGCGUGCCUGCAGCGCGUUAUCUGGUUUCCGCUGCCAUGUCGACGCCGAACAAGCGGAGGGAGAUGGAUGUGAUGAAGCUGAUGAUGAGCGAUUAUAAAGUCGAGCUUAUAAACGACAGUAUGAUCGAGUUCAACGUCUACUUUCACGGUCCUAAAGAAAGUCCGUAUGAGGGAGGCGUAUGGAAAGUCCACGUUGAACUCCCUGAUGCGUAUCCCUACAAGUCUCCAUCGAUUGGAUUUAUUAAUCGGAUUUUCCACCCUAACGUCGACGAAUCGUCUGGCUCGGUAUGCCUAGACGUCAUCAAUCAAAUAUGGAGUCCAAUGUUCGACUUGAUCAACGUGUUUGAAGUCUUCCUUCCACAGCUCCUGCUGUACCCGAAUCCAACUGAUCCUCUGAAUGGCGAAGCUGCAGCAAUGCUCAUGCGGGACCCAGAGCAAUACAAGCAGAAAGUGAAAGAGUACUGCCUACGAUACGGCAAGGCAGAGGAUUUAGUCAGAAAGCACAAGGCGGAUUCUGACGACGAUGAUAGUGAAGACCUGAGCGACUAUGAUGACAACGAUGCUUCCAGCGAUGAAGAGAUGGCUGGGCCGACGGAUUUAUAA